AUGUCAAAUAACCAGUCAAGGAUCUAUACUCUACGUUUUAUCGAUUGCAAUUCAAUGAUACAUGAAGACUUUUUAUCUCAGCAAAAGCUAGGUGAUCAAAAACAACAGGACGUCCAAGAAGCAGAAGAUUCAAUCCCUACCAGAAGAAAACGUGCCAGAUACCCCAGAAGAAAAAAGGGAAAAGACGCAGCUAGAAGAGCUAGAAGAAGAGUUGACCCGGAAAAUCUUGUGUUUACAAGAACUACUUCAAAGAGAUUUGAGCGCAUACCAACGUUAUACCGUUGGCAAAAUUCAUUUCCAACGACGCUCAUCGUGAUCCUGUCCAAGGCAAAAUAUAUGCCUACCACAAUUGCCGUUGCUUCCACUCCGACUUCGGGUGUGGCUAUAGGCUUUCUAGUCGCGCAUCGUGAUACACAAAUGUCAGAUUAUGGUCAUACAGAAGCACAAAUCAUUGAGCUCAUCCAGCGCUACACCGCACAGGCCGGUAGAGACAAAUCAACAGAGGAUGCCUUACCAAGUGUAAUCCUCGAUGAUCUGGAAGAGUCUUCCAGCAAGUAG